GCAAAGCCACAAGCAUGUUUACAAGCAGUGGAAAAAAGGAAUCUGAAGAAUAAAUGUUAUCCAUAAAAAUGAUUAGAGGAAGGAAUUGAGCAGACUGAGAUAUAAUGGUAAAAUCUGUCUGAACAUUCAUAAAGAGCGACCACAUGGGGCCCAUGAGGUCAUUCCAAUAAAUUGUUGCUGCUGUUGCCUCAAUCACCGGCACCAUGUCUGGAAUAAUGACUAUGCUGCAGCAGUUUGCCAAUGGCCUGCGCAGUCGCAAUGAAGAAACUCGCACAAAGGCAGCCAAAGAUCUGCAGCACUACGUCACCACAGAGCUGCGAGAGGUGAGCCAAGAUGAUGCCACACAGUUCUUCGACGAACUUAACCAUUUCAUCUUCGAGUUUGUUUCUAGCUCGGAUGUAAGUGAGAGGAAAGGAGGAAUUCUUGCUAUUGUCAGUCUGAUGGGAGUCGAAGGAGGAAAUGCCACACGGAUCAGCAGGUUUGCAAACUACUUGCGUAACCUGCUACCAUCCAGUGACACUGCCGUCAUGGAGAUGGCCUCCAAAGCUAUGGGACGCCUUGCUAUGGCGGGAGACACUUUUACUGCAGAAUAUGUGGAGUUUGAGAUGAAGCGAGCCCUGGAGUGGCUGGGACCCGAACGCAAUGAAGGUCGCAGGCAUGCCGCGGUCUUGGUGCUACGAGAAUUGGCUGUCAGUGCACCAACAUUCUUCUUCCAGCAAGUACAACCAUUUUUUGAUAACAUUUUCUAUGCCGUGUGGGAUCCGAAGCAGGCAAUUCGUGAGGGAGCUGUAGCAGCUCUGAGAGCCUGCUUGAUCUUAACGACGCAACGUGAACCAAAGGAGCUACAGAAACCCAUGUGGUAUCGGCAAACAUUUGAUGAAGCUGAGAAAGGUUUUGAUGAAAAUUUCUUAAAGGAAAAGGGUAUGAAUCGCGAUGAUCGGAUCCAUGGAGCACUUCUAGUUAUCAAUGAGUUACUGAGGAUUAGCAGCAUGGAAGGAGAACGUCUGAGGGAAGAGAUGGAAGAGAUUACACAGCAGCAGCUUGUGCAUGAUAAACACUGCAAGGACCUCAUGUCAUACGGGCUAAAGCCACGCCAUAUCACCCCCUUUGCUAGCUUUCAGUCUGUACAACCACAGCCUUCCAAUGCCUUGCUUAGUCUCCUUGGCUAUACUGGGCAGCAAGGGAUUCUGGGAUAUGGCACAGCCCCAAUGCCAGAUAAGAAUACCUUGGUAGAAAGUCGGACCUGCCGAGAACUUAUGGAUGAGAAAUUUGAUCAGAUUUGCCGUUGGGUGUUAAAAUGUCGAAACAGCAAAAAUCCACUUAUCCAGAUGACAACGCUUCAUGUUAUUCCUCGAUUGGCAGCAUUCAGACCAUCGUCGUUCGCAGCGGAGAACAAUCUUCCAGAUUCCAUGAACCACUUGUUGAGUUGCGUGCGCAAGGAGAAGGAGCGGACCGUGGCUUUUCAGUCUCUCGGCCUCAUCUCCGUUGCAGUGCGCAGUGAAAUUCGUCCCUAUUUACCAAAAAUCCUGGAACACGUGAAAGCGGCUCUCCCUCCCAAGGAUUUUGCUCACAAGAGGCAAAAGGCUAUACAAGUGGAUGCCACGGUUUUUACCUGUAUCAGCAUGUUGGCGAGAGCCAUGGGUGCCACCUUACACCAGGAAGUAAAGGAACUGCUGGAACCCAUGCUGUCUGUGGGCCUGAGCCCUGCUUUAACUGCUGUGCUGUAUGACCUCAGUCGCCACAUCACGCAGCUGAAGAAAGAUAUCCAGGAUGGACUGCUGAAGAUGUUGUCUAUGGUUCUCAUGCACAAACCUCUGAGACACCCAGGGAUGCCCAAAGGUCUUGCACAGCAGCUAUCCUCUCCCAGCCUCACAAAUAUCCCCGAAGUUAGUGACGUAGGCAGCAUCACAUUGGCACUUCGCACUUUAGGCACCUUUGAGUUUGAAGGCCACUCUUUGACUCAGUUUGUGCGUCACUGCGCUGACCAUUUCCUGAACAGCGAACACAAGGAGAUUCGUAUGGAAGCUGCCCGUACUUGUUCUCGGCUACUUACUCCUUCCAUACAGCUUCUCAGUGGACAUGGGCAUGUAAGCCAGACAGCUGUGCAAGUAGUGGCCGAUGUUCUGAGCAAACUUCUGGUUGUAGGGAUUACAGAUCCAGACCCCGAUAUUCGGUACUGUGUACUGGCAUCUCUGGAUGAACGCUUUGAUACCCAUCUGGCACAGGCAGAGAAUUUGCAAGCUUUGUUUGUGGCUUUGAAUGAUGAGGUGUUUGAGAUACGUGAGUUGGCAAUCUGUACCAUUGGGCGCCUCAGCAGCAUGAAUCCAGCCUUUGUCAUGCCUUUUCUACGAAAAAUGCUUAUUCAGAUUCUGACAGAGCUGGAGAACAGUGGAGUCGGCAGGAACAAGGAACAAAGUGCUCGCAUGUUAGGGCAUCUGGUAUCCAAUGCCCCGAGACUCAUCCGACCAUACAUGGAGCCAAUUCUUAAGGCUCUCAUUCAAAAGCUGCGAGAGCCAGAUCCCAACCCCGGAGUUGUGACAAAUGUCUUGGCGACUGUUGGAGAACUGGCACAGGUCAGUGGCCUCGAGAUGAGAAAAUGGAUGGACGAGCUGUUCCCAAUAAUUAUGGAAAUGUUACAAGAUUCCUCCCUGCUUGCCAAGAGACAGGUGGCCUUAUGGACUCUUGGACAGCUUGUUGCAAGUACAGGUUAUGUAGUAGAACCGUACAGGAAGUAUCCUUCCUUGCUGGAGGUGCUGCUUAACUUUCUGAAGACAGAACAAAACCAGGGAAUACGUCGCGAGGCCAUCCGGGUGCUAGGACUCCUUGGAGCUUUGGAUCCAUAUAAGCACAAGGUGAACAUUGGAAUGAUUGACCAAUCUAGAGAUGCUUCUGCCCUCAGCAUGUCUGAAUCAAAGGCUAACCAGGACUCCGCGGACUAUAGUACAAGUGAGAUGCUGGUUAAUAUGGGAAACAUGCCCAAUGAUGAGUUUUUCCCAGCUGUGGCCGUGGUUGCUCUGAUGAGGAUCCUGAGAGACCAGUCAUUGAGCCAUCUUCACACCAUGGUGGUACAAGCCACCACCUUUACCUUCAAGUCCAUGGGCCUUAAAUGUGUGCAGUUUCUACAACAAGUUAUGCCUAUUUUCCUGAAUGCUAUCCGCCUUUGUGACAACACCAUCCGAGAGUCACACCAGCCGUCUCCUCAAAAGAGGACAGGACUGAUGUCUCCUCAGUUCAUGUUUCAGCAGUUGGGGAUGCUGGUCUCAUUUGUACGCAGUCAUAUCCGCCCAUACAUGGAAGAAAUCUUUGCUCUUAUAAAAGACUAUUGGACGAUGAAUAACCCAAUCCAGAGCACCAUCAUCCUCCUGAUUGAGCAGAUCGUCCUGGCGCUUGGAGGGGAGUUCAAGCUUUAUCUACCAGAGCUCAUCCCUCACAUGUUACGUGUCUUUAUGCAUGACAGUAGCCCAGGCCGUGCAGUCACCAUUAAGCUGCUGAAUGCAAUUCAGAUGUUUGGAGCAAACCUGGAUGAUUAUCUACAUCUCAUGCUACCACCAAUUGUAAAGCUUUUUGAUUCACAAGAUUCUCCCAUGCAGGCUAGAAAAGCCGCGUUAGAGACUGUGGAUCGUUUGACAGAAUCGCUAGAUUUCACAGAUUACGCGUCCCGUAUAAUCCAUCCUAUCGUUCGCACACUGGAUUCCAGCCCAGAGCUGAGGCAAACCGGAAUGGAUACCCUCUCCUCUUUGGUUUUCCAGCUAGGAAAGAAGUAUCAGAUAUUUAUUCCAAUGGUGAACAAAGUAUUGCUGAGACAUCGGAUAAUGCACCAGCGUUAUGAGAUCCUAACCUGCAGGAUACUUAAGGGUUACACCCUUGCUGACGAUGAAGAAGAUCCCUUGAUUUAUCAGCACCGAUUGCUAAGAGGGAAUCUCGGUGAUAGUUUUGCUGGAGCAUUAGAUACUGGACCAAUGAAGAAGCUGCAUGUCAGCACUACCAACUUGCAAAAGGCUUGGGGAGCUGCUCGACGAGUCUCCAAAGACGAUUGGUUGGAAUGGCUGCGACGGCUGAGUGUAGAGCUCCUGAAAGACUCCUCAUCUCCUUCUCUACGUUCUUGCUGGUCUUUGGCCCAGGCGUAUAACCCGCUCGCCAGAGAUUUGUUUAAUGCAGCCUUUCUGUCCUGUUGGUCGGAGCUUAAUGAAGAUCAGCAAGAUGAGCUGAUCCGGAGUAUUGAGCUGGCUCUCACUGCCCAAGACAUUGCGGAAGUCACACAAACAUUGCUGAACCUGGCAGAAUUCAUGGAGCACAGUGACAAGGGUCCUUUGCCUCUUCGAGAUGACAAUGGGGUUGUGCUUCUUGGAGAAAGAGCAGCAAAGUGUCGAGCCUAUGCAAAGGCUCUUCAUUACAAGGAACUGGAAUUUCAGAAAGGUCCAACGCCGGCUAUUCUGGAAUCCCUCAUCAGCAUUAACAAUAAGCUCCAGCAGCCCGAGGCAGCGGCCGGCGUUCUGGAAUUCGCCAUGAGGCAUUAUGGGGAACUGGAGAUCCAGGCCACGUGGUAUGAGAAGCUUCAUGAAUGGGAGGAUGCUCUGAGUGCUUACGAGAAGAAACUAGAGGUUAACAAGGAUGAUGCCGAGUUGAUCCUGGGACGCAUGCGAUGCCUGGAAGCACUGGGAGAAUGGGGACAGCUUCAUCAUCAGUGUUGUGAAAACUGGACCAAUGUGAACGAGGAUGCUCAAGCCAAAAUGGCACGAAUGGCGGCUGCUGCUGCAUGGGGUUUAGAACAGUGGGACAGUAUGGAGGAGUAUACAUGCUUAAUCCCACGGGAUACACAUGAUGGAGCAUUUUACAGAGCAGUGCUCGCUCUCCACCAAGAUCUCUUCUCCUUAGCCCAACAGUGCAUUGACAAAGCCAGGGACAUGCUUGAUGCUGAACUCACAGCAAUGGCUGGAGAAAGCUACAGCCGAGCCUAUGGGGCCAUGGUUACAUGUCAGAUGCUGUCUGAGCUGGAGGAAGUAAUCCAGUACAAACUGGUACCGGAGCGACGAGAGGUUAUCCGCCAGACCUGGUGGGAUAGGCUCCAGGGUUGUCAGCGCAUUGUUGAAGACUGGCAGAAAAUCUUAAUGGUUCAGUCGCUUGUAGUCGGUCCACACGAGGACAUGAGGACUUGGCUGAAGUAUGCAAGUUUGUGUGGCAAGAGUGGCCGACUGGCUUUGUCCCAUAAGACGCUAGUGAUGCUUCUAGGAGUAGAUCCUGCUCUUGAGAGUGACAUGCCAAUCCCUGUGUCGCAUCCACAGGUCACAUACGCAUACAUGAAGUAUAUGUGGAAGAGCACCCGAAAGAUUGAGGCUUUCCAGAAUAUGCAAAAGUUUGUGAAUAAGGUGCAAGUGCAAGCACAACAUGUUGCAGACGACACUCCACAGAAACAAGAACUACAGAAACUCAUGGCUCGGUGCUUUUUGAAACUGGGUGAAUGGCAGGUAAACCUUCAAGGAGUUAAUGAAUGUACAAUCCCGGAUGUGCUGGAGUAUUACAAUGCAGCCACUGAACAUGACUCCACCUGGUACAAGGCUUGGCAUGCUUUGGCAGUGAUGAACUUUGAGGCAGUUCUACAUUUCAAGCAGCAGAAAGAAAUCCGAGACGAGAAAAAGGUGCGACAUCACAGCUCUGCCAGCGCCAAUACAGAUGGCAGCGAGAGUGAGAGUGAAGGAGACAGUAACGCGAGCAGCCCAGUGCCAUCUCCUGUUCAGAAGAAAACGGAGGACAGCCUUCUGCAAUACACGGUUCCAGCCGUGCAAGGCUUCUUCCGUUCCAUCUCGCUAUCUCGAGGAAAUAACCUGCAGGACACACUCAGAGUCCUCACUCUUUGGUUUGACUAUGGUCACUGGCCGGAUGUCAAUGACGCUCUGGUUGAAGGAAUCAAGACCAUUCAGAUUGACACAUGGCUGCAGGUGAUCCCUCAGCUGAUCGCCAGAAUAGACACUCCGAGGCCUCUUGUUGGGCGUCUUAUCCACCAACUGCUAACAGACAUUGGCAGAUAUCACCCUCAGGCUCUAAUAUAUCCUCUCACUGUGGCUUCUAAAUCAACAACCACGGCACGUCACAAUGCAGCAAACAAAAUCUUAAAGAACAUGUGUGAGCAUAGCAACACUCUAGUACAGCAGGCGGUGAUGGUGAGUGAGGAAUUAAUCCGCGUGGCCAUUCUGUGGCAUGAAAUGUGGCACGAAGGUCUGGAAGAAGCCUCACGGCUGUACUUUGGAGAAAGGAAUGUGAAGGGAAUGUUUGCUGUGUUAGACCCUCUUCACGCCAUGAUGGAGAGAGGACCUCAAACUCUAAAGGAAACCUCAUUUAAUCAGGCAUAUGGCCGAGACUUGAUGGAAGCUCAGGACUGGUGUAGAAAAUAUAUGAAGUCUGGUAAUGUGAAGGACUUGACCCAAGCUUGGGAUCUUUAUUAUCACGUCUUCCGACGCAUCUCCAAACAGCUACCCCAGCUCACCUCUCUGGAGCUACAAUAUGUCUCCCCCAAACUACUCAUGUGUCGAGACCUGGAGCUUGCUGUGCCAGGAACAUAUGAUCCCAAUCAACCAGUUAUACGAAUCCAGUCCAUCACCCCUUCUCUGCAGGUCAUCACUUCCAAGCAGAGGCCUCGCAAACUGACAUUAAUGGGAAGUAACGGACAUGAGUUCAUGUUCCUGCUGAAAGGCCACGAGGAUCUGCGGCAGGAUGAGCGGGUAAUGCAGUUGUUUGGAUUGGUAAACACUCUGCUAGCCAAUGACCCAGCUUCUCUGAGGAAAAACCUCAGUAUCCAGCGAUAUGCUGUCAUCCCUCUGUCCACCAACUCUGGGCUGAUUGGCUGGGUGCCUCACUGCGAUACAUUGCACGCCCUGAUUCGGGACUAUCGUGAGAAGAAGAAAAUUCUGCUGAAUAUUGAGCAUCGGAUAAUGCUAAGGAUGGCACCAGACUAUGAUCACCUGACUCUGAUGCAGAAAGUCGAGGUGUUUGAGCACGCUGUGAACAACACUGCUGGAGAUGACUUGGCUAAACUACUCUGGCUAAAAAGCCCCAGCUCAGAGGUGUGGUUUGACAGAAGAACCAAUUACACGCGUUCCCUGGCAGUAAUGUCCAUGGUGGGAUAUAUUUUGGGUCUCGGUGACAGACACCCGUCUAACUUGAUGCUGGACAGGCUGAGCGGGAAAAUCCUACACAUAGACUUUGGAGACUGUUUUGAGGUGGCUAUGACCAGAGAAAAGUUCCCUGAGAAGAUUCCGUUCCGUCUAACUCGAAUGUUGACUAAUGCAAUGGAGGUCACCGGACUUGAUGGAAAUUACAGGAUCACGUGCCAUACUGUAAUGGAGGUGUUGCGGGAGCACAAGGAUAGCGUCAUGGCUGUCUUGGAAGCCUUUGUAUACGAUCCUCUGCUGAACUGGAGACUGAUGGACACCAAUAUAAAGGGCAACAAACGCUCUCGUACACGGACAGACUCCUACUCAGCCGGACAGUCUGUGGAAAUGUUGGAUACAGUGGAAUUAGGUGAAACUACGCACAAAAAACCUGGAGGAAGUACUGUCCCAGAAUCUAUCCAUACGUUUAUUGGUGAUGGUCUGGUACAGCCCGAAGCUUUAAAUAAAAAAGCUAUACAGAUUAUUAACAGGGUUCGGGACAAGCUAACAGGACGGGACUUUAACCAUGAAGAAACGCUAGAUGUCUCCACGCAGGUUGAGCUGCUGAUUAAACAAGCCACUUCCCACGAAAACCUCUGUCAGUGUUAUAUUGGAUGGUGUCCUUUUUGGUAGGAACAUCUAUCUGUCUGUGAACAUCUAUGCCUUUCACAGCAGUCCAUGAAUCUGUCUUCAGAGACCUGUAAAGGAGAUUCUGACUUGAUUGUCCUCAGGAUCCUUUGUCUUGUGGACAAAUGGGAGAUGUGCAAGAAACGGAGGCCAACAUAUUGCAGUCUCUUGUUCCUGCUUUAGGAGUUUAACUUGUACUGUGUACUUUCUGUAUAUAUUGAAGUCUGUGACGUUGGUCAUGCUCGCAAAUGGAAACUGAGCCGUCAGUACCACAUGGAUCAUCCCAUUUUCUGUUUGCUGGAAUAGAAAGACCAGAAGACGAUGGCUCUAACAUCAAAUCACGAUGGCAAAUAUAUAACCCGAUGCCAUGAAAAUUAUGGUUGUUGAAAACAAAAUGUAUAUGUGAGAAAGAAAAGUGUGGAUUUGUGCAAACAAUGAAUUUUGCAGGGUCAGCCGAUACCCUCAGUAAGUAGAAUGUAAAUGCUCGUCAGCAAUUGGAAGGAACAUGGAUUGUUUCCCAAAUAAUUAAAGAAUGUUGGAUUUUUUUUUUACCCCCCCCCCCCCCCCCUUGUGUGACACUGUGAACUAUAAGCAAUUAUUUUAAUGGCUCUCUGUUAUGUCAACAUAAUCUGGGAGAGACGAACAGAGCAAAAUGAGCGUAAAUGACACAACAGCAAAACGAAAUGCUUAUUUUAUUGUAAAGAUCAAAAAUAUUGUAUUGUCGUAUAUUUUCUAUGUUUGUAAGUGGAUGUAUAAAGCAGCUAUUGCAUUGUGCCCUGAAAACUAAAAAGGAAUCAAACACACAAACCAUGGUACCUGUAAGGGCCCAUCUUAAUUUCCAGAGUUUUCCAUUACUUCCAAGCUGAACACUCUGUUAAUCCAUGAAGGAGAAUGCGGACUGAACUGGUGCAUUGCACAGUAACAUGAUCAUUCAUGAAACAAUGUUUUUACUCUGAUCAAUGGGAAACUACUGGAUAUUAAGUUUGACACAAUCACAAGUAGGAAACAAUUGUAUAUAUGUAAAAAAAUAUAUAUAUCAAUAUCUCUUCUUGUACUGAACAAAUAUAGGCCUCAAUAUGUACUAAACCCAGCAGAUUCAAGACUUUUUGAUAUGAAUAAUGUAAAAUAAGCAUUUUUUUUUGCCUUUAUUGUCCCUUUAAAAUUUUCCUAGCAGCGUUUAAGAAUAAACAUGGAGGAUGGGCUUGAGUAAAAUAUCACACACACGUACACUCUUGGGCAAACUAUCUUAAAGGGACACUAUAGUUAUCAAAACCACUUUAGGUUAAUGAAGCAGUUUUGGAGUAUAGAUCAUGCCUCUGCAGUGUCAUUGCUCAAUCAUUUACCAUUUAGGAGUUAAAUUACUUUGUUUAUGCAGCCCUAGUCACACCUCCCUGCAUGUGACUGGCACAGCCUUCCUAAACACUUCCUGUAAAGCAAAUUGGAAUGUUUAUACUUCCAUUAUUGCACAUUCUGUUUAAUUAAGAAUUUAUCAUCUGCACUAAUAAUAGCUUGCCAGACUUUGAAGGAGCUUCUAGUGUGUGAUUAAAGUUCAAUUUACAGAGCAGGAGAUAAAAACGUCUAACGUAAGUUAAAGGGACACUCCAGACACUAAAAACAACUUCAUCUAAAUUAAGUUGUUUUGGUGCCAGGAGGCCCCUGGGGGCACUCUCACCUCAAGGGGUUAAACAGUUUUCAAAUGGUUUAAACUCAAAGUUGCCUCCAGCAGCCAUGUCCAUGCUCCUACCCCCACCCCCUCAGUCCGCAUCCAGAUUCUGAAUUUUAAGAUUCAGGAAGCACAGAGCGCCGAAGGGCAGGGGCGCUGCUGAUUGGCUGAGAAAAGGUGCAUUUCUUUCCAAACCAGUUUAGUGAAUGGGAAGUCACUGAUUAGCUGAGAGCUUCAGCUGGCUGCUCUCAGUCAAUCAGCAACGCCAAUAUCUGGCAGCGCUCCACACUUCUUGAAUCUAAAACUUUUUAAGCCGGAUGCCACCAGGGACAGGGUGGACAUCACCCCUGGAGUGCCCAUUUAAGAUCUGAUUUGAAGUGUAAAUCAUUUUGUUUUCAAUCAGGGUGUGAGAGUCACAGCCAGGGGAGGUGUGGCUAGGGCUGCAUAAACAAACAGUGAUUUAACUCUUAAAUGGCAGAUAAUUGAGCAGCGAAACUUCAGGCGCAUGAUCUAUACACUAGAACUGCUUCAUUCAGCUAAAGUUGUUUUGGGGACUAUAGUGUCCCUGUAAAGUAAUUAAUUAAUUUCCAUAUAUGUCUGAACAGUAUUAAUUUGUACACAUUUGCUGCCUUUAGCUUAAUAUGCAGACUCUUUUUAAUGCUCGACACACACAUACGUAUAUAGGCUUUAAACGUACGAUAAUGUAGUACGUACACGUUUUGUGCUUUCUAGAAGUUGUGUUGAUCUAGAAGCUGUGUGGGGCAGUUUCUCUGUGUGAGCCAUUUACAGAUUCCCAUAGAGCAUUAUCAAUAGUCAACAUAUAGAAACAUAUGGCUGUAAAGUAAGCCUAUCGAAGGACUCUGGUAAUGAUUGCAUAUUUUCCCAAUAUCAAUAAAACUGCAGGUACAUCAUUAUUUUAAACAUCAUUUUAGGUGGUUUUAUAUCAAAUGACAGUGAGUGGUUAUAUUUAAAGGUGUAUAUAUACCAAUUGUACAGGACUACAUACAUAGUUGUUGUUUAGAUUCAUCAGUGCAAAGAUAUGUUUGUUUCUCGGAUGCUUGGGAAUAAAAGGAAAAUAUUGCAAUACCCAGUAGCCUUCAUAGCUCAUGUAUAAAACUGAACAUUCAUAAUUCAUUCUAUGAUUUUUUUUUUCUCUUUAAUGUGUACUAGAUCGAAAACAAAUCUUCAUAAAUAUAUGAUGAAUUCUGAUUAGUGAGUCACAACGGGCAGUGUUUACGCUUUAUAAUGAGUGCUGGUUACGUACAAAAGCCCUGGAGGAAAUUAUAUUGGGAAUUUUUAGAAGAACGGUUUGGCUUUCCUUCAGAUGUAAGAAUUCUAGAAUGCUGAGGGACAGCAAAGUAACGAAUAUAUAUAUUGUUAUAUUUCUGAGUAAAAUUGGUGUAUGUUAAUCCAAAACGUUUGCAAGCUGAGAUAUGAGGUCUUUACUGCAGCAUUUCAGUGACGAUUAUAAUUGGGCCAGUCUUAAUUGUAACUAUUUAUGGAUAAUCUAAAACUACCUGGGAGGAAAGAAACUCCAUGAAAUUAAGUGUAAAAUACCUCUGAGAAUGUACUAAACAAACCUGGCUUGAUUUUCUUAGUGCUAAAGUAAUGUUGCAGUAAUAUUUGCAUCAUAAAACUGAUUCUUGGCAUUGAUGUUAAACAUUUUUCAUACUUUACUGUCCCUUUAAUAAAUGCAUUACUACUUGUUUGAAGGUAGACGCCAUUGACUGUUUUUUUUAACCUUCUGUUUGCCAUCAAUAAAAAGCUGCCAUACUGAAUUUAUGAAUUUGGUCCAAUACAGCCAGCUCUGUUUUGUAUGUCCAUACACCUUUAGUCUUUGCUUUAAGUUUCUUCCUCCAUUUUAUCCUCCAAAAUAAUUGAUAUAUUAUUUUUCCUCCAUUUAUUUGCCUAUAUUCUGCCAGAUUCAGGACAGAGCAAAGAAUCCAUUAAUUGGUUUAGAACACAUUUCAAAAUUAAUUUAGUGUAUUUUCCUUUUUAUUUAAUUUUUUGAAUGGGGGGGGAAUUGUCUUCGAUUUAUAUCUACGGAUUUGAUUAAAUAUGUAAAGUCGAAUAAAAUACUAUUACGCAAUAA